AUGGCUCUUAAUGUUAUUUUUCUUUGCCUAGACCAUGACAAAAUGUUUAAGAUGAGUGAAAAGAUCCUCCUCCUGUGUGUUGGGGAGGCUGGAGACACUGUGCAGUUUGCAGAAUACAUCCAGAAGAAUGUCCAGCUCUACAAGAUGAGAAAUGGUUAUGAACUGUCUCCCACUGCAGCUGCCAACUUCACCCGGCGGAACCUGGCCGACUACCUGCGGAGCCGAACCCCCUACCACGUCAACCUGCUCCUGGCUGGCUAUGAUGACCACGAAGGUCCUGCCCUCUACUACAUGGAUUACCUUGCAGCUCUGGCUAAAGCUCCUUUUGCAGCACAUGGAUAUGGUGCCUUCCUCACCCUCAGCAUCCUCGACCGCUAUUACAAGCCAGGUAUCACACGUGAGGAAGCUAUGGAGCUCCUAAAAAAAUGUCUGGAGGAGCUCCAGAAACGCUUCAUCCUCAAUCUGGCUUCGUUCAACGCCCGGUUCGUUGACAAGGAUGGCAUCCACGAGGUGAAAAACAUACCCCUUCCCAAAGCUGUGUCCUAACCCCUGAGAUAUUUCUUCAGCAGUCUUCUUUUUUUGUUUGUUUUGGGUUUUUCUAUUCAUUUGGAGCACACAAGUCAUGUACUGCACUGGGAGAUCAAAUAAAGAUUGACAUUUAU